AUGCAUCCUGAUCAACACAGUCGAUUUGAAGUCGGAAGUGCCUCUUUCUGGACGAAUGAGUACAUGGAGGUGAAUCCACCCGAGCUUGUUUCGUUUUGGAGCGUGUGUGCAAAAGAUUCUACCCAGAUUGAUCAGGAUACCGUGCUUAACCUACCAGAAGGAGCGUAUCUUCUCGGGGAUCCGACACUUGGCUCCAAGGUCUUUCUUCGUCGUUGUUACUCGAAACUGUUGGAUAUCGGAAUGAAGACACUCGACAAAGACGUGAAGAGCUACCCGCAGCUUUUGAUUCUCGGGAAUUCUGGUGUGGGCAAAACGUUUUUUGGCUUUGUCCUAUUGAGGUUUCUUGCUCGAUCUGGAGCGACUUUCGUCUACGAAAGUGCAAGUAUGGGCGACCGGAUUCUGUUCGCUCCUGGCCUGGUGGUUCGAGGAUCUGAUCAAGAUUUCGCUAAUAUUCUCCGAACACCGACGACUUACUACAUUUCCGAUGGUGGGAAGCCAAGCCACAACCCGUGUAUGACGGUUUGGUUGACGACGCCGCAGUAUUCAGUCAGCUGCUUGUUUGGGAGAGUCAACGCUCUCUACAUGCCAACUUGGUCGAAGGAGGAGAUUCUCAAGUGCCAUGAAUCGCUGUAUUCCAGCAAUAUUCCUAUCAAGAAAGUCGAGGAGUGCUAUCAACGAUGGGGUGGCAUCCCGCGCUAUGUUCUGCACUUAGCUCAGUCGGAUUCACACCAGCGGCUGCUCCAGGAAGCGAUUGGGAGUAUCAGCCUUAACUCUCUAAUUGGCGCGUGUGUAAAGUUUAUGCAGGAUGACUACUACGAGUUGCACGGGCUGCUGUACUAUCGUGUCAACGAAUGUUAUGGCAAGGAGAGCUUCGUGUUUGCAUCUCGUUACGUACAGCAAGAGGUCUACAAGCACCUUUACCGGCAUGACAAGGAUGAUCUGUUGUGGUUUCUUGGGAAGUCGCACGUCGGCGCUCUUGCUACGUUGCAUUCUCUUCUUGUGAGCAAAGUGACUUCUGGGGGAUAA